AAAUUACGAAAAGGGUGACAGUAACCAGGGAGAAUAAUUUACCUUUGGUUGAAUCUGAAGUUGCAAGUUACUACGCUUAUUAAUUAUAACUUAAGUAUUAUUUUCAAACUACCGUUCCUUUAAAUGACGAACAUAAACCGAAAGUCAUCAUGAAGGGAUGCUGCCAAACACAAACAGGUACAUCAAAGGUACAUCAUCUCUGAUGAGAACACAAUGACUAGGGAGGUGCAAAAACUAUCUGAGGGUGAAGAACCGAUUAAAACGGAAGCGCUCAUCAAAAGGGGUUACUGGAGGCGGAGUUCAGAGUUUGUGCUAUCAUGCCUUGGAUACUCAGUAGGGUUGGGAAAUGUGUGGAGAUUUCCGUACCUGUGCUACAGAAAUGGUGGAGGUGCGUUUCUUGUACCUUAUUUCAUCUGUAUCAUCGUUGGUGGCAUUCCUAUGUUUUUUCUUGAAAUAGCCCUAGGUCAGUACACCAGCCAAGGAGGAAUAACCGUUUGGAACAUUUGCCCAAUUUUUAAAGGAGUUGGGUUUGGCACAACUGUUAUAUGCUGUUUAUGUAACAUUUAUUACAUCAUUAUACUGGCCUGGGCUCUCCUCUACUUCUUUCAUUCUCUAAACAGUCACCUUCCAUGGGCUUCUUGCCAGAAUGAAUGGAAUACUCCACAUUGCUGGGUGCAUCAUGUACCUUGUGAUAAUUUGAAUAAUACCAACCAGACCUCAAAGGAGUUCCUUCAUGUUAGAAACACUUCUAGUAAUGGAUCCAUUGAAAAUGUGGAUCCAGUCAUUGAAUUCUGGGAAAGAAAAAUCUUGAGGAUUUCCAGUGGUAUAGACGAGAUGGGAGAUGUCAAUUGGGACUUAGCAUUAUGUUUACUUUUGGCGUGGAUCUUGUGCUACUUUUGUAUCUGGAAGGGUGUGAAGUCCACAGGAAAGGUUGUUUACUUCACGGCUACCUUCCCCUAUCUUGUGUUGUCUGUAUUACUGAUAAGAGGAGUAACUCUACCAGGUGCUCUUGAUGGUAUUUACUUCUACCUGAUGCCUGACUUUACAAGACUUGCUGAGGGUCAGGUAAUUUUUUUUUCUAAUACAAUUGGUUCUUUGUGUAAAUACCUGAGUGAAGUUAAUCUAUCUUCAUUUUUACCAGGCCCUGGUUUAGCAUUUAUUGCUUAUCCAAAAGCAAUAGCUGAGAUGCCCUUGGCACCUGUUUGGGCUACUGCCUUCUUCUUGAUGAUAAUCAUGUUAGGAUUAGAUAGCCAAUUUGUUUGUGUAGAAGGUGUAAUUACAGCUAUUGUAGAUUUGUUUCCUCAUGUACUAAGGAAAGGUUACAGGCGUGAAAUAUUUAUUGCUGUUUACUGUUUUGCUGCCUUUUUAGUGGGGCUCUGUAUGGUCACUGAGGGAGGAAUGUACGUUUUUCAGAUAUUUGAUUAUUAUAGUGCCAGUGGAUUGACCUUGCUAUGGUUUUGCUUCUUUGAAUGUUUUAUCAUAGCAUGGAUAUACGGUGUGAACCGGUUCUAUGGAAACAUCAAAGAAAUGCUUGGUUUUAGCAUUAGUCCAUGGUUACAAUGGUGUUGGUGCUUUUUCACACCACUGAUGACUUCUAGUAUCUUCCUCUUCAGCUUGAUAACUUGCAAACCACUAACUUACAACCGUAGCUACCAUUAUCCCCAGUGGGCUAUUGCUGUUGGCUGGAUCUUAGCUUUGUCAUCUAUGCUGUGUAUUCCAUUGUACUCAUUAUACAAGCUUACUACUGUUUGUGGAUCUUUAUCUGAGAGGUGGAAAAUAUUAACCUCACCUUCUCUGACUCCUAACCUCCAAGGACUUCAAGAAAACGUUCCACUUCAGUCAGUAGCAAACUGUAGUGAUGUCAUCCCUCCUCUUUCUCCCCACCCCCAAGUAAUGGAAGAGAAAAAAGCCUUAACUCAGCGUGAUACUUUUCAACCCUUUGUUUGAGGAAACUUCUUACAAAAGCAAUCCUCUAAAAUGUGAAACAUAUAUUUCAGAAAGUGCCACUGUUUCAGAAUCUGAUGUUGUUGUUUUGGAAAUUCUGAGGUCAUGUGCCUCUUUGGAUUUAAAAAAUAAAAAAAGGAAUGUUCUUUAAAACUCAUUCAAUUGCUGCAUAACAUUUAUUUCAGAGUUUUAGAGACCAGAUUUUUAAAUAAGUUGAAUACUAAUAACUUAUAUUUCAGAUCUUUUGUUUAAAAAAAUUCUUAACUGUAGAAUAAUUGUUAUAUAUAGAAUUUAAAGAAAAUGCAAAGAUACUUAAAACACUGCUAAUUGUUAUAUUUACUAAUUUUGCUUACUAAAAAAUAUGUUCUGCUACAAGAAUCUACUGAUUUUUCUGCUACUUAUGCAUGUAAAUUUUGAUGAUUUUACUUUGUUUUAUUUGUGUAUAUCUGAAAUGGAGUAAAAGUGAAAUACAGUAUCUGGAUUUCAUGCAUACUGAACAAAAGGGAAUUUUCAAUAGCUGCAGCACUUGAAAUUUGUUUAGGCAGUAUUAGUGUAAAUUACUCUGAGACCUUUUUUUUUUUUAUUUAGUCUAUAUUUUUGUGUGGCAGUAAUACCGAGCAUGGGGUGUGUGUAUACCCGAUUCUAUUUGAUUAUUCAUCAGGAUCUCUUCUAGCCUACACUCAAACUGAAAUUCUUUUAGGCAAGGUUAGAGUAAAUUAAUAUACGAGACUAUGAGCCACUAUGCAACAGCUAAAAAACUUCAUUUAAGGUCCUUACUAAAAAAAAUAAUUAUUGUAGAAUCCAUAAUAGCCAAAGUGCAAACUGAAUAGUUUUGUUUUUGUUCUUGUGCCAUAAUUUGCUUCUUUAACAGUAAAUGGGGUUAACUUUGGAUAACUUUUUGUUUUUAGUUGUGUUUAGUGUUAAUUCUUUAUUAGACCUUGCAGUUUCUACCUUUUUUCAGUAGCAGAUUAAUUCAAAGGGUUUUGGAAAAAAAAAAUCUAAUCAAAAGAACUAUUGUAUAACAUUUUCUACUUUCCUCCUUAAUAUUCAAUAUAGACUACUUUCAAAGUGUUAAGUGUUUCUCAACACAUGGGACUUUUGGUGUAGGGCUCAGAUCAGCCCUUUGGUGUAGCACGGGAUUUCAAGCCAGGUUUCAAUCCAACCAUACCACAAAAUGUACCCCACAGCUUAUGCCAUGAAUUUAUUAUAAGAAUGACAGUCAAUUUUUUAGCCUGGAUGGUACAGUGCUGCAAACUGACUGGCUGUAUUCCCUUUGACCCGUCAAAUCAACCAGACGAAAUGCUUCUCGAGAGGAGAGACAAAGUUAUGAAGAUAUAUAAGGAAUUUGAGCUUGAUGACAUUAUUGAACGUUGUAGGAAGCAGUAUUUCCCCAGUUUUACGUUAAAGGAAUUUCUUCGUGCCCACUGCGGUAAUGACGCGGAGAGUAUUAUGACGAAGAUAGACAAGUGCAAGAACGAAAACAUCCAGAGACAAAUGGUUUCAGCUGACAGUCCUCUCAUUAAUUACAACCCAAGAACUAUCGCACAGAAGAUACAAGUUGCCCUGAAGAAUAUCAACUAACAGAUCGCCCCUCAGUAGACAGAGCCGGCUUGCAGUGUCUAACAUCACCGUCAAGAAGACAGUAUUAUAAACAGCACAAUAUAUUUAAUAAUAAUAAGAGCACUUGCUUUUUGAUAUUUUCAUGGUGUAUACAUUACGACAUGGUGAAGCUAAAAAUAUAAGCUGUAAAGCUAAUAUUAUAUAACUUCGUCAUUUCUGUUCCAGAUAAUUUUAUCUUCAACAAAGCGACAAACUUUACUUACAUCAUUUCAAAUUAUAUAACCUAAUAUCGCAUUUUCUUACUGGAGAAUAAAUAAUGUUACUAUUUCUUUUAGAAAUACCUUACUAAUUUUCCAGCAGAAAAAUGUCGUACGUUGGUAUUGAAAUUUGAGUUUAAAGUCACUGUUCACAUUGUUUUUAUAGCUUUUGUUAAAUUAUCGCGAUUUCUUUUUGAUAUAUUUGUUCCGUUAUUCUCAAGUAGUAACAAUUUUGAAUUAGACAAAUUUUGAUAUAUCGUUAAGCCUAAAACCGUUACUCUGAAGUCUAGGAAAAAUCAGUAUCUCGAGAGCGACCUCUCAGUUUUGGAACACUUGUGAAAAUUUCGAAAUUUAAUCUGAUGAUCGAGUUUCAACAUGAAGAUUCUCACAGGGCAAUAUUUAUGACCAGGCAACUAGAUGACUCAUGUCUUCACGUGCUGUAGAAAUAUCUAAGACUUGCUUAUGUACUUAUCAACGAUUCGUCUCUCACUGAAAACACUUUAAGUAGUAAAAUUUACUUUGUGCGUGUGUAUGAUCACAUUUUCGUAAGGUAAAGUAUAAUUUGGCUUGUAGCCACCUACUGUGCCUUCUGCAGAGAUUGUAAAUGAUCGUAAUAAAUACUUUCACCUCGACGCACGGGAUAUUUUACAAGCGCAGAAUCAGUUGUUUCGGUUUAACAAGAGUGUAAUGUUGGUAGGGGUUGCAAUAUUAGGAAAUUCUAUCAAGCUAAAAUCGUUCACUCCAGUACUAGAGUAUUGUUUAGUUUCACGAUAAAGACUUCAGUUAUGGCCGAAAGCCGAUAAUCAAAACCAAAACUUAACGUUAUGAAUGUCCAUGUUAUUUAUAUAAUCAACAAGGAUAUUCUUAGGCUGACGAAAAUAUAUAAAGAAGCAGUGUAUACAUAUAGUUUUCAUUAUUAGUAAUUAUUGUGUUAAACGCUCUUAGAUAAUCUGGUGUGAAUUUUUAACUUAUUUUAUUGAAAAAAAAUAAAACCAUGGGUCGUAUUUUCAGUUUUUCAACUAGCAUGUUGAAACGAUAAACAUGAUUAGAUAUUUCAGUCUAUGAUAAAAAUACACAUCGGAUAAAUAUGAUAAAUUGAUGCGCGAACAAUUUGAAAUUUACUAUUUAUAAAAUCAUUUAAAAAAUCGACAAAGAAAUAUGAAGAAACUGGUAUAUUUUAAUAGGUGUCCCACUGGUGGAUGAUAACCGUAAUUAGGCAGUCAUUGUUCAUUUAGCUUAAGAAAUAUUUAAUCUUAAAAUAAUCGUACUUUUCAACAUUCUUGUGCAUUUUUUUGUGAUUUUACUCUUCGAAUAUUUAACUAUAAUAUUGAUUAUAUAGUGUGAUGCACCUGUAUAUUAUCAAAGCUGAAAUAAUAAAUUAAACAAUUAAAAAACGAAAUUGUUGUAUAUAUAUAUAUAUAUGUAUGAAUAUCAGCACGAGUUUACACUUGAAAUAUUUGCAUGUUAUUUACAAAUAAUGAUAUAAAAAUUACGGUGAAGGCUUAAGGCGUGAAUCAAUUUAAUUUCGACAUUUUCAGUAUCUAAUGUUACUUAUACCACUAGAGGACACUAUAUUAUAGGCAGGAAAUAAAAAUGGAUGACUUUUCAA